UCGCCGGGCUCACCGCCGCGCUUUUGUGCGCUUGUUUAUGAGCAGAGUCAGUUCUGUUCACAGCCGAUAGCGCUUCUACAGCCUCUGCAGAGCUCCUCACUCGAUAUGUAAGCUCAGUGGGACAAUACGAGAUGACCUUAUCUGUUAAACUUGACAUCACCAAUCGUAGUCUGAUGGGGAGAUCUACAGUCUACAAAGACUCUUGAAUAAACCUGAUUAUUACGCAAAAAACACAGUAAUUGGGAUAGAGUUUCACUAAGUAACCAGUGCUUUUUCAAAUAUGGCUGAGGCUGGAGCCAUAUAGACGACUGUAAUGUGUGCAGCAUUUAAACAAAAGACAACAACAUUUUUCUUUUUCUUCAGUUCUUCAAUUUCACCCCAGUGGAAAAAUUCAACAGGACAAGAAAAAAACUUACCAUAGGAAAGAAACACUAUAUCAUCAGUUGACAUGCUGUCCUGCUCUGACGAGAAAAAAUAUUUGACCAUAUUGAUUUGAAUUCUAAAGCUUAAAUGGAGAAGUGCUGAGACAGUUUUCCUCAUCUUCCAUCACUGUCAAGAGGAGUAUCUGGGAAACCAGAGCCACAGUGGCCAAAGGACUUACUAAAGCCCCCAACGUGAGCUCCUGGCUGGAGCUGUGGGGCAACACUGAACCUUGAGAUGCUCCAGACCAACAAUUACUCGCUGGUCCUGCUGAUCCAACUGGCCCUUCUGGCAUUUGACCUAUUUGUUAAUUCCUUCAGCGAACUUCUGAGGGCAGCCCCGGUCAUACAGCUUGUGCUGUUCAUAAUCCAGGAUAUUGCCAUCCUGUUUAAUGUGAUCAUCAUCCUGCUGAUGAUGUUCAACACGUACGUGUUCCAGGUCGGGCUGGUGUCUCUGCUCUUGGAGAGGUUCCGAGCAUUGCUCAUGCUGUCUGCUCUCUACCUCACCCUCAGCAUCUGCCUUCACUGCUGGGUCAUGAAUCUGAGGUGGAUGGAUUCAAAUCGUUUUGUGUGGACAAACGGCUUACAGGUCCUCUUUGUGUUCCAGAGACUAGCUGCUGUGUUGUAUUAUUACUUCUAUAAGCGCACAACAGAGUACCUUGGAGAUCCACGAUUAUAUGAGGAUUGUCCAUGGCUUCGUGAUGCUUUUGCCCGAGCUCGACAGUGACUCAGGCCUGAGGACCAUCAUGAAAGAGAAACUACAAUCUUAUGAGUCUAGAUGGAGGCAAUUGUGAGAUUUAUGAAGACAUUAUACUGGACUGAUACAAAACAAGGAUCGACAUCAGUGGCAAGAAACAAAACUUGAACUUGAGCAGUAAAAUAAUUAAGGGACUCUUAUGUGGAGCCUGAAUGCACACAAGUAUGGAGCACCUUACUGCACCAGCAGCUUUUGCAUAAUCCUAAAGAGCCAGUGAGACAGUGGAACCAGAAGGUAAAUGUAAGCAUUUAAAAACAAUUCAUUUAAUAGUAAUAUUAAACAUAAUUCAUGGAGUAGAUCCAAGUAAAUCUAUCCAGUUUCCAAUGUUUGUGUUUUGUCACUUACCAAUUAGGCUACUUAGGCCUGAAACUGUAGUUUUUUUCCACUUAAUUUGGCAUCAAGAAUAUUCAGGUCAUCAAGUUUUACCAAAUGAAGGUGCCAUUUAAACUGCUGAUAUUUAUAGAUCUGUCUCACAGCGUGUGAAUAUUUUAUCAAUGUCUUCAUUCUCUAGUUAGUAUUUUUAUAAGAUUUUUAUUGAUGAAAAUGACUGUCGGUGGGUCUUAGACUGAAAUAGUGGUCUUCAGUCUGCCUUUUCACAAACUAGAGUGAGAUUUUGGUCAAUGGAAUUUAUUUUACUGUCAUUUUUGUUACUUUUUUAUGUUUGAUGAUCAGAGUAAUUCUUCCUUUUUUACACAAUGAUUUGAUUAUGACCAUCCAACUACAUUUGAGAUUUUUAAAUUAAAGAACAUUCCUCAAACUUUCUGGUUGUCACCAAAACAUGACCAAUGUGCCUCACUCCUGAUCGUUCUGUAUGUUUGCAGUCGGUACAUAUUGUAAUACACAGUAGUAAUAUUACAGGAUUGUCAGUGGGACUGUCUUCCUCUUAUAAUAGUUAACAUAAAUGUUCAGCGUAGCCAUUACAUGGUCUCUGUGAUUAGGUCAUCAGUUUUCACUCAGCUGUGACACUGUUUCGUGAAUGUCAUUUCAGCAUCUU